UCUACUCAGAUGUUUUUUUGUUUUUAUAGCUAAAUGAUAAAAUCCAGCGCUCAAUUGCUUGGUGAACAAGAUGAUCUUGCUAACUUCAUCAUUCUUGACACACUACUGGGGUAUGAGACUCACAAAAUGGGUUUCAUAAAAUUGCCAUCAAAACCUGAUGUAAAUGCUGUUAAAAGUAUUGCAUUAAUGUAUCGAAAAUAUGGAGAUGAACACACUGUAUUGAAUGAGUUGAUCAAUCUUUUGGGCUCAUGGUGGCAUUCCUUUAAGACAAGCCAUUCUGCACCUCAAGUUAUAACUCAAAAGGAACAUCUAUUGCAUUACAUGAGAAUUUUUGACCCAGAUUCCGGCUUUGCAAUUGUUCCAUGUACUAGAUAUACAACUGAGGAGGUUGGAGCUAAAGUUCUUAGUACUCGAAAAUGGGAAAAUGGAGCUAAAAUUAAGUAUUUGGUAGGUUGCAUAGCUGAACUUACUGAAGAAGAGGAAACUAAACUUCUUGUUCCUGGUGAAAAUGAUUUUAGUGUAAUGUUCUCAACCAGAAAAAACUGCUCUCAACUCUGGCUUGGUCCUGCUGCAUACAUAAAUCAUGAUUGUCGUCCAAAUUGUAAGUUUGUUUCAACUGGUCGUGACACAGCCUGUAUUAAAGUUCUUAGAGAUGUUGAAAUUGGCGAGGAACUAGCUUGUUACUAUGGUGAUGAUUAUUUUGGUGACAACAAUAUUUAUUGCGAAUGUGAAACAUGUGAGAGGAGGAAGACAGGUUUUUUUGUCAAUUUUAAUAAUGUAAAUUCAAAUAACAAUAAAGAAAAGUCUUCAGGAAAAUAUACACUUCGCGAAACUGUCAAACGAUUGUCAAGAAAACCAAAAAUUGUUGAAGGUCAAAAUAACCAAGUACUAAAUAUGGAAUGCGAGGAACGAUUCGGAAGCAAUACUGUAUCUACAAAAAUGAUAAUGAAAGAUAACCACGUGAAAAAACAUUUAAAGUUAGAUGAUGAUACCAUAACAAAUGAGUUGAAAACGAAAUAUGCUACUUUUAUUGACCUUAUACCAGAACUAAAAGAUCUCCCUUAUUUUGAAUUGCUUUUUGUAGAGCGUUUGGAAGGUGUUAAACCAGUUAGAUUUUUGGAAAAAGAAAACAAUGAACGAAUGGCUAAGCAGUUCUUAUCUGCUAGAAAUGCAAAAAGACCAUUUUUACAGCAAACAAAGUCUGAUUCUGAGUUAUUUUCAUGCUACUCUGAAUCUGAUUCAGAUGCUAAUUCUUCCUAUGGGAUACAAUAUAAAGCCGAAUUAAAAAUAACAAUAUCAAAGAUACCAAGCCCAGUCAAGCCAAGAGCUUGUAAGCGUUUGCAAACAAAUCAUAAUUUUCAUCUCAAUCCACCAUUUUUAAGAAUUGCCAGAAUUCAAAAUGGAAGUCGCUCAUCAAGACGAUUGCAAGAAAUUGAGAAAAUCAUGUCCAAAAGAAUCAGAAAAAAAAAACACAAAAACUGCUUCUGCUGCAACUGACGAGUUUAAAAUAAUGCAUUAUAUAAGACCUUUAUAUCAUAGAGAUUAUAAAUAAAUUUAUUUAUUGAAGUUAUACAAAUUAAUUUACUUUUUGUAGUCAAUUUUAAUUAUGCAUGCACGCAAUGAUAACAAUUAAGAUAUAGUUACUGUGCAUACAAUUCGUACAAUUAUUUUAAAGUUUAAAUUUUACUUUACAAUUAGAUUUUAAUUAUAGUAAAGUUGUUACAUAGAAAUUCUGUACAUUAUUUUUCUUUUAAACUAUUUAUAAUAUUUAUUUAUGUUUUGUGCACUUGUGGCUUACCUGUGGAUUGCCGGAUAUAUUUUAUACUGGAUUUUAUAAGUUCUAUAAUUUUAUUCUGUGAAACUGCAUUUAUAUUCUAAAUGGCUAGAUAUCUAUGUAAUUUUUAAA